CUUCACUACGUGAUCAUCUCCCAACAAAAUCAAAAGCGGACCACCCACCAUAAAAAGCAGAACCGAGUCCAAACGCGCCGCAUCUCUCCGCCGCAACGCCUCCGCGUCUUCAAACCCAAACAAAGUCAUAUCAUAUCCAAGCCAUCAAAAACAACUAAAAUUCAACUCGUAAAAGCUUCAAAAGCAACACCUUAAUUGCUUAUGAGAAUUAUUAACUCCUCAGUCAUGUGUAAAUCGAAGACGAGUACGGACGUGAUCGAGUCGAAGAAGUCGAGCUCUCGAAUCUCAAGAACAACAACCACAAGAUCAUCACAGCGAUCAAUGAGACAAAGUUCCGAAUCCUAUCGAACCUCGUCGCAGAAAACGCUUUCCGAUCCAUCAACAAGCAACAAUUUCACGAGCGGAAACUGCACGACGACUGGCUCGAGCUACAACAAAGGCUCGUACGAGUCAUCUUCCAUCUCCAAUCGAACUUCAUUGCCAAGACUUCGAGAAUCAUUGCCAGAAAAAGCUCAAAUUUACGAAUUCUCAGAGAUUUGCUCUGCCACAAACAACUUUCUCGCCAAAAAGUUCUCUUCCUCUUCCUCCUCCGUUUCAUGGCGGUGUGUGAUUCGCGGCAACGACGUCGUCGUUUUCCAGAGAAAGUUUCGCCGUCCGAUUCACUCUGAGGAUCUCCGGCACCGGCUGUCAUUGAUCUACAAGAGCCACCAUACGAGCCUCAUCAAGCUUCGCGGCGCUUCGGUCUCUGGAACCUAUAUCUACCUAGUGUACGACUACAUUCACGGUGCUAAUCUCGCGAAUUGUCUCCGAAACUCUCAAAACCCUAAUUUCACGGUCCUUUCGAAUUGGAUGUCUCGAAUGCAGGUCGCGACUGAUAUCGCUCACGGACUCGAUUACAUUCACCAUUCCACAGGAUUGAGUUCGAGUUCCGGAUUCAUUCACAAUCACAUCAAGAGUUCAAGCAUUAUCGUGAUCGAACCGUCGUUGAACGCGAAACUCUGCCAUUUCGGCACCGCGGAUCUAUGCGGCGAGAUCGCGAACAGCGAAGAAGCAGAAGAGUCGAAACUGUCACGAUUCAAGAAAUCAGAUAGUCCAGCGAUGGUAUUCGAAGGCACGAGAGGGUACAUGUCGCCGGAAUUCCAGUCCGCCGGAGUUGCGACGCAGAAAUCGGACGUGUUCGCGCUUGGAGUGGUGAUUUUGGAGCUGUUGUCUGGAGAAGAGCCUUUUAGGUUUAUACAUGACGGUGAGAGCGGUGGUUAUCGGAGGGUUUCGGUGGUUGAGACUGCGAGAGAGGCGGUGGAAGGUGGCGGAGGAGGGCGGUUGAGGCGGUGGAUGGACAGGAGGUUGAAGGACUCGUACCCGUUGGAGGUGGCGGAGAAGAUUGUACGUGUCGGGUUGGACUGUGUGGAUCCGGAUCCGGAUAGGAGACCGGAUAUGGGUCGGGUUGCUAGUCGGAUUUCGAAGCUGUAUUUGGAGUCGAAACAUUGGGCGGAGAAGAUUGGCGUCCCCACUGACUUCACCAUCUCUCUAGCCCCAAGGUGAUGAGCAAGAAGGCGAUGACGCCUAGAUGUGAUUCUGGAGCUUGUUUUGGAUUUUUGAUUAUGUCGGCUUGACUUGUA